GGCCCCUUUUAAAUAAACGUCCCGGCUCAACUCGCAUUCAUCUUCCUGUCUUGUUUUUUCGACUUUCUUCAGAGCGAUAAUCCCAAGUUCCGUUCAAACUCUCUGGCGAUUUGCUGCUUCUCUAUUCAAUUUCUCCCAACAUAAAUUAGCGUUUUCUCUCGCUUUCUGGCAUCUCAUAAUAAUUUCGAGGUUUAAUCAAUCCAUCCACGACAGAAUCAUGAAUCCUGAAUACGAUUAUCUGUUCAAGCUUUUGCUAAUUGGAGAUUCAGGAGUUGGCAAAUCUUGUCUACUUCUGAGAUUUGCUGACGAUUCAUAUCUGGAGAGCUACAUCAGUACCAUUGGAGUUGAUUUCAAAAUACGAACCGUGGAGCAGGAUGGGAAAACUAUUAAACUCCAAAUUUGGGACACAGCUGGCCAAGAACGUUUUAGGACGAUUACGAGCAGCUACUAUCGAGGAGCCCAUGGCAUUAUUGUUGUUUACGAUGUCACGGACCAAGAGAGCUUCAACAAUGUUAAACAAUGGUUGAGUGAAAUUGACCGAUAUGCUAGCGAAAACGUGAACAAGCUACUUGUUGGUAACAAGAGUGACCUCACAGCAAAUAAAGUUGUCCCUUAUGAGACUGCAAAGGCAUUUGCUGAUGAAAUUGGCAUACCUUUCAUGGAGACGAGUGCCAAAAAUUCCACAAAUGUUGAGCAGGCUUUCAUGGCUAUGGCUGCUGAAAUCAAGAAUAGGAUGGCAAGCAACCCGGCAAUGAACAACGCAAGACCUCCAACUGUGCAGAUUCGAGGACAGCCUGUCAAUCAGAAGUCUGGUUGCUGCUCUUCUUGAAAGUGAACAAGUUCUAGUAGGCGUAUGAUGUUGACCAUGUUCUUUGUGGCAUGUAAAACUAGUUCUCUUUUAAUGCUUAGAUAAGAAAAAUUAUUUGUCAUGUUCUUUCUUCUUAUCGCUGGUUGUUCAACACUGUUAAAACUUCUAUUCUUUUAAUUGAAUUCUAUUUAAGGAAUCAUUUGUACA